AUGUACUACUUUCCGACGAGUCUGAUGUAUUGCAUACGCAGAUCUCGAGAACCUCGACCCGGCUUCCCUGAUGACAACGUCGAGAUGGUUGGACCGAUCUCGCAGAAGACAGCCGCCCGCCUCGCCCUCCGUUUCUACAUUCCCCAGCCAGAAAUGUCCUCGGCACCUUCUCGCCCCGUAGGGCCUGCCGCGUUCUUACGACCUAUCGGACGUAGGGAGCUCGACAACUGGGACCAGAAGUUCAGGUCUAUGGAGCACCCCUUUCUCCGCCUUCCAAAGGCUGAGGCGAAAUGUUUGUUCUGCUUGGACGACUACGUGGAACCUCCCCGUGUGCUGCCAGUCGCCGUGGAGGGCUCCUCGAGCCAACUCGACCAUGCAGAGACACAAGGUAUACCUGUGCCUUUGAGACUGUUGGCUUGUGGGCAUCACUUCCACAAGGAGUGUCUUGAUCGUUAUAUCACACAAGUGUCUGCACGAUGUCCAGUCUGUCGGGCGCGCGUUCAGGCCCCGCCCUUGCCAGGCAGUAGGUGA